AUGGGUCGUUCAAGCCGCACGCUCUAUGUAGGCAAUCCUGGUGACACUCGCCUCAGAGAAGUCGAAGAUUUAUUUUACAAGUAUGGGCCCAUUGUUGAUAUUGACUUGAAGAUCCCACCAAGGCCGCCUGGUUAUGCCUUUAUUGAGUUUGAGGAUCCUCGUGAUGCUGAAGAUGCAAUUCGUGGUCGAGAUGGGUACGACUUUGAUGGCUACUAUUUACGGGUUGAACUUGCUCAUGGUGGUCGAAGGCGGCCUUCAUCUUCUGUGGAUCGCUAUAGCAGUUACAGUGGUAGCAGUAGCCGCGGGCCUUCCAAGCACUCUGACUAUCGUGUUCUGGUGACCGGUUUACCUUCUUCUGCCUCGUGGCAAGACCUAAAGGAUCACAUGCGCAAAGCUGGGGACGUUUGUUUCUCUCAAGUGUUUCGUGAUCGUGGAGGCAUGACAGGGAUUGUAGAUUACACGAACUACGAUGAUAUGAAAUAUGCUAUAAGGAAGCUUGAUGACUCUUUGUUUCGGAAUGCAUUUAGCCGGGCUUACAUACGGGUGGAGGAGUAUGAUUCGAGAUAUGAUUCUAGGCGCAGCUACUCCAGGAGUCGUAGUCAAUACAGUCGAAGCCCUAGUCGCAGCCACAGUUAUGGUAGCAGGAGCAGGAGCAAGUCUCCGAGGGCAAGAUACUCAAGCCGGUCUCAACCUGUAUAUAGGUCUGUGUCACCGCAUUCCCGUUCUAUGUCGCCACGUUCCUGUUCUGUGUCACCAGCCCGCUCCUAUUCAAGAUCUUACUCCAGCUCCAGAUCACCAAUUCCAUCUCCUCAUAGUAAAAAUGUGAGAAGAACCCCACCAAACCGCAGGAGCAGGAGCCGGAGUUGCAGUUUAUCUCGUUCUCGUUCACCAUCUGUGAAAUCUUAUUGAAGCUGGAUUGAGCUGUUGCGAGGAUCAUAAGGUUACAUCUUUAUAGCAGAUUGUAAUAUUUUGUUAGCUUGAAUGGCGGGUUACUUGUCUAAGGAUUAGCAUUUAUAUUCACAUUUAGUUUU